AUGUCAUCGGAUCUAUGCAUACAACCAAGCAAAAUCUCUAAACGCACUAUCGGGCCCCUAGACAAGCGCAAAAUCACAACGCGCUGUCAGCCUUGUGCGAACAGGCGGUGUGACGGGGGGCACCCCUGCGAAAGAUGCGUCCGGACAAAGAAAACAUGUGUGCGGCAGCAGCUAGAGCAAGCACAAGUGAAAUUCGUCCAUGCUUCGGGACAUAUGUUGUCUUACACAAUUCCCAUGCAAGUGCAGAAGCCUGAUAACAUCAUAUACCUGGAUCAUUUUGCAUCCUUCCUUCAGAAUUGCCACUUUAGCAAAGGGUUUGCUGCCACAAAUGCAGACAUAGUCACUAUCAUUGGCAAAUACCCUCUGCUUCUACACAUUGCUAUCGCAAUCGGAGCUUUGGAUGCCGGUAGGAAGGGCUCUAUCAGAUCAUUCGGUGAGCUAGAGUCUCCUCAGCAAAUUGCGUUCCGGGCUUGUGGUAGAUCAAUACAAGAUCUGCAUUCGGCCAUCUCGAUGACGAAUUCAGUCUUUAGAGAUGACGUGUUGUGGUGCACGUUUCUCCAUGGCCUUUUUGAGCUGAUAGCUGAAAGUUCGGGUCACUCAUUCGCAAAUCACAUGGUUUUCGGCACGUCUCAAAUGCUGCUCCUGCUAGACCCUACAACUCCGCUUUCGUUACCCACAAAGAGCUUGAUCGAUGCUUUUUGGAUUCUUGAGAGUAACAGAGCUAUUCUUUAUGGCGACAAUAUUACCCUCGAUCCAGAUAAAUAUCAGUUGAUUUCGACACGAGAAAGCUGGCCAGAUACCUUGAAGAAAGUUCUCAUGCUCAUGACAGAAGCUUCCACAUUUGCGAAAAGGCAAGUGAAUUUUGCUAUGAUUGCUAAGUCCUCUAGGCUUUUUGACUCAAUCGAGAGCAUUCCUCAAAAAUUAAGAUCCUUUGAUCCCAAAUUGGACGCUCUUGCUCUUGAAGGACUCGAAAUUGAAGAAAGAGUUCUCAAUUGGCAAGAAGGAAGCCAUUUAGAAAGGUUGCCGAUGGGGCCUUUUACGCAAUUAGCUGUCAUCGUUCACAACGCUCUUCUUUUAUAUCAUUGCAUGAACUUUACCUUUCAUUCUUGCUGGAUGACACGGUCAAUCCCUCAGCUUAACCAGAGUCAAGUCGACAAACAUGUCUCCACAAUUUUGGAUCUGUCUCAAACCCUUCUCUCGGGUACAUGUAUCCCCGCGGUUCUCUUAUUGUUUCCUCUGCGAAUGGCUGGAGCCCAUGUUCUUGAGAGGCAUGCACAGGGUAAAGUAUUGGGGACCAUUCGCAAGAUACGGCAAAAAGGCUUCAUCGUUUCAGAUAUAAUCGAACUCGAUUUGCAAGAGUUUUGGCACUACAAAUUGGGGAAAUUGACUAAGACGAAUGAAAUGCGAGUAUAA